AGUAAAGACGUUAAUGGAACAACAACUUUCAUCCUAUAGAGUAUUUGUUGGCGGAUUGUUUCCUUCAGUUACAAAAGAAGAUCUAAGUGGAAAGUUUAAAAGUUUUGGAAAUGUGACUGAUGUAGUUGUUAUACAGCGAAAAGAUGAUGAGGGUCAUGUUUCAAAGACGUUUGGUUAUGUCAGUUUAGAAAGCACCUUGUCAAAGCUAAACAAAUGUUUUGCAUUAUUUGGUGGAACCAAAUGGAAGGGACAUAGCUUAAAGGUGCAAUUGGCUAAAGAAGAUUUUAUGGCAAGACUUGAGAAGGAGAGAAGUUAUCCUGAGCAAUUUAUUAAAAAAUCAAAAAGAAACCGUGUUGAACCAAUGAAGAAAUACGAGGAAUUUGUGAGUAAAUCAUCUGCAAUGAAAAGAGCAGUGCCAGGUACUCCUGUGCAGGGUGAAAAGGAUUGGGUUGUUGGUAAAUACGGCAGACCUCUUCCUGUUGUAGCAAUACGGAAAUGGGCUGGUCAAAAGCUUGUAAAAGUCGAUCCUUCAAAACAUUGCCAUUGUCUUAAAAAGAUUACUUUAAAUGAAACUGAGUUCGAAGCUGAUAUUUCUGACCUAACGUGGACCCUGAAUGAUGACCAGGGUGAUGACAGUAUCAUGAAAAAUCAGAAAAGAAAAAAGAAGAAGGAGAAACACCACGAUGUUGAAGAACAUAAACGCUCCAAAAAGAAAAAAAGAGAUUCUGAUGUUGAGAACGAGUUUAAACAUUGUCAUAACGAAUGCUCUUCAGUGAAACACAAUACAAAUGGCGAAUUUCAAGAAAGCGUUUCUUCUGCAAAGAAAAAUAAAAAAACGGAUAAAGAAGACGUUACGCCAAAAACAAAAAAUAAAAUUGGGCUUAAAAAUGCUGACCAAGAAACACCCAGUCAAAAAAAAGAAAACCUUAAAAGUUUUGGUGUUAAAAAAGAUCCAAUUAAAACCACAAUGCUUCCAUUAGAUUCGAUUUCCUUCAAUGAAGAAAGUAACACAAAAGAAGAUUCUCGAAAUGUAGAGAAGGAAUGUAUUUUUACUGAGUCCAUUGAAGUAGGGAAAAAUGAAAGCAGUGACAGUGAAGAUGUUCCCAAUGAUAAUAUUUUAAGCAUGAGUAUUGUGGAACAAUUGCUUAACAGAAGCAAAUCUAAUUCAGUUAGAAUCGAGGAAGUAGUACAGAAGUCGCCCACUCCACAUAUUUUACAUCCCGGAAGUGACGACAAUAACUCGGAAUCAGAAUAUGAAAAUGUUAAUUUAUUUGACUUUACUUUCGACAAUUUAAAAAAUAGUACUACACUUUACAGUUAUGACGUCACGUCGAGUGUUGUGAAAAAAGAUGAUGAUAGCUCUCAAAGUGAAAGUGAAUCUUCUGAUCAAAGUAUUAUUGUACAACAGAACAAAGUAGAAACUAUAGGUAAAAGUGAAAAAACGAAAUCCCAGAGCACAGAAGAUAAUGCGUCAGCUGACAGUGUUGAUUCUAGUAGGACUACUCAAAAACAGAAGCCUGCUUCUCAAAGAAAGGAAAUUAAUCAACAACAAAAAAUCUUGUCAGAAGAAGCUAGAAUCAAUUCACUGAAGCUGCGAGAACAAAAAAGUCUCCAAAACAAAGAAGCUGUACAAGCAGCGUUAAGAAGUAUUGACACAUCCUCCAAUUCAGGCCUUAAUCGAAUUGUUUUUAGUGAAAGUGAAAGCGAAAGUGAAAGCGAGAAUGUGGAUCCAUGCGGUAUUUCUACACAGUCAACAUUAAUGAGCGAUGGUAAUUCUGAUGAAGAGUCCUUUAAAAAGAAUCUAUUUGAUGAUAGUGAAAGUGAAGAUGAGGAGUUUGGAGGAAUUCAGUUAAAACCACAAUUUCAAGGAGAGAAAGGUCAAAAGCUCUUCAAAUUGCAACAACGCUUUGGUGGAGAUGAACGUUUUCGACUUGAUGAAAGGUUUGCUGAAAAUGGUGAAGAUAAACAGGCAGACAAAAACAAUAAUAGUGAAAACAUGGAUAGUUUGGAUACGGACGAUUUGCAUCAAGAGAAACAAAUGAAUUUGAAUGUUCUCGAGCAGGUCCUGGGUAAAUCCUUGGAUGAAAGUGGCGCAAAGCAGAAGAAAAACACAAGAGACAAAACAUUCGAACGAUAUGAUCCCACCAGUGAGAAUCACGAGAAGUUUGAAAUUGCGAAAAAGAAAGAAACUGAACGACAGAUAAAUGAUAGUGGCGAUGAAGAAGAAGAAGAUGAGGAGGAGGAGGAGAAGAAGAAGAAGGAAGGGGAGAAGAAAAAUAUGGAGCCAACGGUUUCCACUGAACAAUUUUUUUCAGUUAAUAAAUCUUUGAAAGACCUUUUCAGUGGUUCGAAACAGGAAACAUUUUCGUUUCUGAGUUCUGCUUCAAACAUGGAAGAAAACGAGGUACAAGAAGAAGAAGAAAUAGAAGAGGAGAAGAAAGUAUCAACUAAAGAAGUGAGUUGGAUGAAAGCACUUGAUGAGGCUGCAAAAAAUCCCGUUGAUGAAGAAAUGCAAGAAACUUUAGAAGAAACAGUAGAAGUAGAUGAAACAGAUGAAAAAUGUGUUACUUUCUUCUUUACCAAAGAUGAUGAACGUUUCAAAAUUGGAAAGGAUUUUGUUCGAACAAACACAAUAGAAGAAAUUACCAGUCAAUGGGAAGCCCUUCGAAAAAAUUUAUACGAAGACUCACGAAAAAAACAUAAAGAUGCUGUUCGGAGAAUUCGAAAAUUAAAAGAUCGAAAGUUCACAUCGACGUAAAUUUUUAAUUGAAUUUUUUAAUUUGUUAUUUUUUUAUAUAUUAUAUGAGGAAAUAGAAUGUGUCGAUUAAA